GCAUCUCUCGCAUUGAUUGCGAAGAUUCCGAGCUGUUCAGGCGUCAAAGCUAAAAUUAAAUAUAGAUAAGACCCUUGAAUCGUACAACAAGUGAAUUACAUAAGUUGGGCCUACGGACGGGCCCCUUAAAAUAUAAAAUAUACUUGGAUUUAAACUGUUUACAGUUGACGAAACUUAACUCUUACUUCUAAGAUUCUUUACGCAAAAUGGCUGACCAAAAACAGGGCAACCAAAAGCCGCUCAAGCCGGUGGAGAAGACGAACGAUCCGAUUAUCUCACAGAUCGGCGACUUUGGAUGUUACCAGCUUUUCUUCUUCUUUCUCAUCCUGCUGUCAAAGUUUGGAACUGGAUGGCAUACAAUAGGACACAUCUUCCUGGCAGCCCCAACUCCGUUGUCCUGCGCAACGGAAAAUGUGACGGAUCCCUGUAGCGAUGACUGCACAGAGCAGGAGUUCGACACCUCAAUCUUCAAGAGCACUAUCAUCACCGAGUGGGAUUUGACUUGCGACAAGAAGUCCUUGGCCAGUUUAACCCAGAGCAUCGUGAUGACGGGAAUUAUGUCCGGGAGUAUGAUAUUCGGCAUGAUUGCGGAUAAAUGGGGACGCCGACCCGCCUUUCUGGGAUGCUGUUUUAUGCAGCUGAUCACGGGACUGAUUGUUUGCGUAUCGCCGUAUUACUGGUUCUACUGCGUAUUUAGAUUUUUGGUGGGGUUCGCCACAGGCGGAACUAUGACCACGAGCUUUGUCUUGCUCAUGGAGAUUGUAGGACCCAAGAAGCGUGAACUCAUAGCCAUUUUGUACCAAAUUCCCUUCAACAUCGGACACGCCUCUUUGGCCGUGUUCGCCUACUUUAUCCGAGAAUGGCGAUGGUUCCAGUUCAGCAUAACCAUAUUUUCGGUGGUGUUCCUGAUCUACAUCUGUUUGGUGCCAGAAUCACCGCGCUGGCUUUAUACAACCGGAAGAUUGGAUAAGUCUGUCAAGAUUCUGGAGAAGAUUGCCCGGUGCAACAAAGUCCCAACGGAAACCAUUAAGCCGGAGAUUGAAGCAGCCUAUGCGGCUUUGCAGACACGGACCCAGGCAAAGAAGGGCACUUUGUGUGAUCUCUUCCGGACGCCAUAUCUCCGGUUGAAGACCAUCUUCAUGGCGAAUGACUGGGUGGUGGUCUGCAUGGUCUAUUACGGGAUGUCCCAGUAUAUGUCCAAGCUGGGCGGAAACAUCUUCCUGAACAACCUGAUAGCCGCCUCCGUAGGCAUACCCGGGACGUGUAUGUCCGUGGUGAUGAGCAAGUUCCUCGGACGCCGGCUGUCCCUGAUCAUUUCGAACUCUUUGAGCGCAAUUGGUCUUAUGCUGCUGGUCUUCCUCACAGAACAGAGCGAUGUUAUCCAGGUGAGCUGCGCCAUCCUGGGUCUCUUCGGGGCAUCGAUAACCUUCCCAAUCGUCUACCUGUACGGCGGGGAGCUCUUCCCCACGGUGGUGCGCUCCAACGGAAUGGGCCUCUGCUCGAUGUUGGGACGGGGUGGCUCGAUACUGGCCCCCCUGAUCUGCGAGUUGGCCAACUACGGUAAAUGGAUAACCCCGCUUAUUUUUGGCAUCUUCGCCAUUAUGGCCGUUAUUGGUACAUUUUUUUUGCCUGAGACACGUGGCCUUCCUUUGCCGGAAACCCUUGAGGAUGGAGAGACAUUUGGAAAAAAACCUAAAACGGCUCAAGCUUAAGGGUUAAGCCUUUUUCCGCAGUGUCUUGAGUUUUCGGAGUCGACGAACCAGAUCCAAAAUUAAUAAAUUCCGGCUUAAUUUUCGAUUCAGGAGAUCGAAGAUACGUCAGUCAAGACCAGCGAGCUUUCGUGCCAAGCCAAGCCAGAGGCGAAAAAAAAAUUGAAAAAUCUAGCAAAUUCAAAAGGUAAUUACCGCAGAGAAACUUCCACUUCGUGAUUAUAAAAACUCGGUCAACAGGUAACCGGCGACUAUUGGUUGCUGCUGCAUUUUGCCUACAAAUGCCGUUUUAAGUCGAGAGUUGGCGAGUGAACGUGAAUGUAGUCGUCGCAUGUGAACCUUCAAAUGUUGCACUUUGGAAUCAACAAUAUCCCGUCAUCGGUUUUCAUUUGUGGGCUUUUACAUUUUAAAAUAGGCCAAUUGUUUCCUUUAGCUCUUAAGCUCAUAAGUUUAAUUCUCUUUACUUAAAAUAUUUAUACUUACACUGUUUUAAAUUAUGGUAGUCUGAAAUAAAUUUAUUAAUCGAUA